GAGGCAACGACUCCCAAUGGCCAGACGCCAGCGAGCUUCACGCCACAACCGAAGGGCAUCAUGACACCAACAUCGACCAUCCUCUUCGUCUUCCUCGUGCAGCUCUCCCUCAGUAUAAUCAGCACAAUUGGCGCGCAGAAGGUCAACGACAUUGCAUGGUGGUUCUUCACACUCAUCUUCACCUCAUCAGGAAAGAAUGACAAGGAGGCUCGGAAACUCCGCAGCGAGGUGGUCCGACUCUCACGCGAAAUGAAGGCAACCUCGGCGCAGGACAACUUUGCAAAAUGGGCGCGACUACGACGUGAGCACGAUAAGGCGAAAGAGGCAUACGAUAAGAUGACUCGCAACUCCUCCUCUACCCGCUCCAGCUUCGACAGCAUCUUCUCAAAACUCCGCUGGCUCGGUACUCAGGGUAUCAACUUCAUUGUCAACUCGACGUUCUCGAAGCAGGCCAUGUUCUGGCUACCAAAGGGCUGGUUGCCGCACAGCGCUGAGUGGGUCUUGAGUUUGCCGAGAGCGCCGCUCGGAAGCAUCAGCGUCAACGUCUGGGCCUUAGCUUGUGGAGCUGUGAUUGCAAUGAUCACGGAGGGUGUCGCAGCUUUGUGGGCAUUGAGAUCCAAGGCAGCGGAUUCGAGCAAGGGCCAGAUGCAGAAGGAGAAGAUCGCGAUGCCAGGGAACGGUCUGGGUCAGGAGAAGAAAGAGCUUUGA